AUGGCAUCCUUGUUCCAGGACGCCACCCGGGCUCUAGUGAGGCAGCUGGAUCCUGUGGGGGACCUCAUCCCGCUGAACUGCAUCAUCGAUGCUGCCUGCUUCCAGCCCUUCUGCCUGGUACGAAAGAAGAGAAAGGGGACGCUCUUCUGGGGAACACAGUAUGUCAAGACCCACUUCUCCCUUCGAGAUAUGCUGGAGCCAGGAACAAAGCUGCCAGUUGGGGGUAAACGUCAAAACAUCUUGGACAUACAGAAGCUCAGCAUUGUGAAUGAUCUGGAAAACCUAAAGAAAAGGAAGCUGAGGAAGCCAGAACUUUCCUUCCUACAAAAGCUGCGGGAGCUUGGGGAGAACCUAUACAUGGUGACUGAGGCUGUGGAAACUCUGAAGGAAGCCACACUGGAGAAGGGCAGCAAGGCUGAAGGAGGUGUCUCCAUUACCCUCCUCACCGCCGUUGGGCUCAAGGGAUCCCUCAAUUUCAACAACACCAUCAAUCUGCCUCUGGGUACAAUCUUGGCCUUUCGCCUCAAGCAGCUGAUAAUUGGGGAGAACAGCUGGGAUAACGAGAUGACUCCUCGAACACUUUACAGGCCUGAGCCCGCUACGCGGGAGCACACGGGGUUUCGGGCGCUGCAGGCCGAGGUGGAAGACGAGCUACAGGCGCUGGAGAACCUGACCUCGCUUCGGCGGAGUGCCCUGCUUGCAGAACUGCUGGCGCUGCUGGGCCAGGCGAAGGAGUUGCAGAAGCUGGAAAAAGCAGUGGAUGGGGCCUUGGAUCUUGAUCAACCAGUGACUCCAGGAAUCCUAGGGGGACCUGGAGACGCAGUCCUCAAGUGGCUGCAGGAGACUUCUGGCAAACUCAACCCCAUGCUGGCUGGGAAUAUCCUCUAUCUGCUGGGUGCUCUGCAAGAAAUGAGCGAGGAGCAACAGCAGCUGCUAGCCAUGUCUGUGGAGAAAGAGAUCCUGCCUCGACAGAUGAAGCUGAUGGAGACCAUCCUGGACCAGAACUUUCUCCGCGAGGAGGUGGGGCCCUUUCGUCUUCACUGCGAGCUGCUAGGGGGCUUCAAGGGUGAGGAGCUGAAGGUGACCCAGGCUCUAGUGGGACUCUGCAACCUUGACAUACAAGGGGAUGGACCCCUCUACACCUGGGAACCCAAUGCCCUGCGGCCACUCUGUGCUCUCUAUGCUGCCCUCUCCAUCUUUCGGCCCACGCUGGCACCUGCUGGGCAGCUCCCCGCCCACCCCCUCAGCCUGCAGCAGGCCAGGACCUGGGGCCCAGGGCAGGGCACGGGUGGAACAGGUUGA